AUGUCACUAUCAAAUAUCCUAAAACAAAUCUUUAAAGAGAUAUGCAUACUAAUUUAGUAGUAAUAAAAAUCGUUACAGUCAAUCCGAUUAGAAUAACUACGUUAAAAAACAAUUCUAUGUAAUCUACCACAUCAAACAAUUAACUUUUCCAUUAUUCAUUACUCUUAUAUUAAAUCGGUAAUUCGAUAAAUCUAACAUCGUUUAAGAACUUACAAUUUAUAUCCAGCUAUAGUAAAUAAUACAAUCUCUGUGUAAAGCGUCCAUGAAUCAAUCAGCUAACAUUCGGAAUCAUCUCUUGAUUAAAACCAAAAACUAAUUACUAUAAUGUCUGAAAAUGAGAAAUAGCAGCCCCCAACUGGAAUUGUAAAUGAUGGCAAAAACAGUGGAAAACAGGGACUUACUUAUUUCUUCAGAAUUUCUAUUGGAAUUUGGGAGAUCAAAAAUUUCUACUUCUUCUUGCUGUUAAUUCAUUAAAUAAAACGAAUAUAUAAUUGUUUAUAGUUAAUUUUUUAUUACUUCAAGGAACGAUACUUUGUUAAAAAAACUGAUAUAAAGUAUAUAAAAAUAACUAAAAGAAGGUAACUAAGAAUUUACUAAAUUUAAUAUUCUUAAUAAUAAAUCGCAUUUCUACUAUUAUUCAUUAGAUUAGACAUCAACUCUUUUUAGUUUUUAAACAAUUCUUACUUAAUAAUCUGCCUUUCCAAAUCGACAUCUCUACCUUUACUUCAAAGAAUUUAAUUUUCAAUCUUGAAUCAUUAACUUACUCUCAUAUCCAAACUAAAAUAACAUUAUUGUGGUAGAAUUGGUUAUUUUUAUUUUAUCUUUUUUCCAAAAUAAUAAUAUCCAAAAAAUAAAUAUAUCAAAAUAUGUCUUACCCAAACAAACAUUUAGAUUAUUGUUUAAUAUCUAGAGAUAAGGUAUCUUGAGUAUUUACUAUGA